AUGAAUGACCCCACUAUGUUGCAACAAAUGUCAAGCAACCCUAUGCUUUUAAACCGAGUUAUUGGUGCACAGAGUGGAGGUUUAAGAGCGGCACUUUUAGCGAAAAUGGCAGGCUAUGGUGGAGCUGCAGACGGAACAGCUUAUAACCCUCAAAGUCAAAUGAAUUUGAGUUCACUCAAAAAUCAAAUAACAGAUGUCAAAAAGUCAAACAUAGACAUACAGAAACAAAUAAGUGAAACGAAAAGAAACUAG